GGAUGAUGAAGAAGGAGGACUGCUAAGUUACCCACUCUGCCAAAACUAUCAAGAAGGGGCAUUUGGCUACCUAAAAGAUCCCGAGAGUCACAGAUGUUAUAAAUUUCAAGGAUUUUUGUCCCAUACGGAUGAAAGAGGUAACUCUCCUCCACAGGUGUCAGGGGACCAACACGAAGAGCUGGCAGUCCAGCGUUAAGGGACUUUCUGAACCAAGAGGGGCUUAGUAUGGAAAACUUAUGAACUCUUCCUUAAGGUGACUACAUUUUUAAACAAAUAGGUACUUCCCAAAAUUAGCCACCCCGCACUCCUGCAGUACUUACCCCAGACAGUCUACAGUGGGGCAGAAGAAACAGCAGCUACUCCUGGACAGUUCAUCCCUGCAAGCAGGAGAUACCCCACUGGCGGAGCAAAUGCAGAAAGCAAUGGAGAAGUCCCAGAGGUUCCGGAUUGAUGCCCUCCUGGCUGAGGAGCGCCCCCACCUGCUGCCACAGCAGGACAGAGAACACCCAGGGUCUCAAUCAGCUUCAAUAACUCACAUCUUUCCCAAAACUGCUUUCCUGCCCCUACCCAGCCUAUACCCCACACCUCUCUAUCACUUACCCCCACUGGGGACUCCACACCCAGCCUUCCCCUACAGCAGCUUCUCUGGGGUCUCGGGGUCUCACCACCACAAGACUUCUUCACUGCCCCUGGAGCACUGGCUGAGAGCUGGACUCCUCCUGCACAGAGGACCAGACCUUCAUGCCGCCGCGCAGUCAGGACUGAUCGGGAAAUGCAGACGGCCGCGCACAGCCUUCACCAGCCAACAGCUCUUGGAGCUUGAGAAUCAGUUUAAACUUAAUAAGUAUUUAUCUCGACCCAAGCGCUUCGAGGUGGCAACUUCUCUGAUGCUGACCGAGACACAGGUAAAGAUUUGGUUUCAGAACCGUAGGAUGAAAUGGAAAAGAAGCCGCAAGGCUAAAGAGCAGGGCCCGCUGUGCCAGGGCCACAAACAGAGAGCGGACGGGAAGACACCGGUAAAAGACGCUCAUGAUGAAGACGAUGAGGAAGCCGAGGAGGACGGUGGAUAUCAUAGGCCUGACACGAGCGCAGACAUCUUAAGACAUACCACCCAGAUGAGCUACAGCCCAGAGUCCUUGUGUUCGGAAGAAGACACCGCCACGGUUCCUUCGCCGUGAGAUAAAGGACUAAUGGACUAUAGGUGAUCCGGAACGCUAAACCACAUUUUAUUUAUUUAUCAAAGACUAUAAUAUUCCCCCAAAUAGGAGGGGAGCAAGUCAUAUUUAAUUUAUAUGUAUUUAACUCUAAAUUGUCUUCAGAGGGUGUUGUGGAUCAGGGUGGGGAGAGGAAAAUGAAGAUUGAAAGAAAACUAGGAACGUUCCUUCAACAGAGACUGUCAAAAAAAAGACCCACUGAGAGAUUUUACUGCCGCUAUGGAGCUUUGUUUAAGGAGAACAGUUUGGGGGGAAAAGCUCUGAAUUUGGAACUAUUAUCAUGGAAAUCAUUAUCAAUGGAUUGUCGCUCGUUGUCCCCCAUUUACACCAGAACUGCAUCUUAUCGUUAAGGCUCAACGUGGACAAUAUGUCACUCAAACGUCUUACCACAUAUAGUAGUAGUGAGUCUCCUUGUGUAUCCUUCCCUUUCCUAAACUUUCCUUCAAAAAA